AUGCGAGCUCCGCGGCGCCGGGCCACCCGAGCGCCCCUUGGCCGCGAGGCUGGGCGCCGCCUGGCCACCAGUCGGCCAUACGGCCCGGCCAAGGCGGCCCCCGAGAUGCAUGCCGGGCUGGGCCACCAGCGGCCGGGCGAGCCGGGCCGCCCGAGCCCCGUGCGAGCCGCCUGGCUCCACGCCCCCCGGGCCGGCCAGCACCCGGCGCGCCGUCCCGGCCGGGACGCGAAGACUGCCGCCGCGCAUGCUGCCGACCUGGGUGCAGCCCCCUUCACAUUCACGCCCCCGCCACCCUAUGCGCACCCGCGGGCCCCGCUUGCGCCGAUCGCAAAAAACCCCGGCGCGGAUGGCUGCGGCUGGGGCCAAGUGCGCUGGCGCGGCUGGCGCCACUGGCGCCCGGCCGGCUCCCUGCCUGCCGGGCAUGCCCCUGCUGCCCUCCCUGCCUCGGAGGGCAUGGUCGUGCUGCUGCGGCCUCUGCCUCGGGGGCUGUCCGGUCAGGUGGCUCGCCCGGGCCCGGGCGGGGCGCUCGAGCUGACGCAACCCGCGCGCCAUCACAAUGCGCCUCGGCCACGGCCGGUCCCCGGGCCGGGGCUGUGGUCCGCGGCUGGGCCGACGGCCGACUCCGUCUCGACGUGCCAGCCCACCGCCCCGCCCGGGGGUGUGGAGUGGGCCCGGCCGGGUGGCAACGCUGCGGCUGCCGCGGGGGCGCCUCCCCCCGGUGGCCGCCGGACACACGGCCUGGUGCCUGGUCUCGGGGCCGGGGCCCGGGGCCCGCGCCGGUGUGCCUGCCGCGGCCCGGCCGCCCGGCACCAAAGCGCGCACCGGCGCCCGGCAUGGUCGGCGCCGGUGGCUCCGCGCGCACCCGCCGGCGGCCCCGGCGUGGUGCCCAGCAAGCAGCCGACGGCCGACGCCCUGCGCCCCCUGGGGUAG